AUGACUCUCUCACGCUCUACGGCAACCCGACGUCUUCCACGUUAUCUCACUUUAUCCUCAAUCCGCGUUGCACGCAUCUCCUCCGCUACUUACCAGAAACAGAAGAUGUCCACCUCUACCGACGCAGUCGUUGAGCGGCUCUUCUCACGCGACCUACCUCCUUUGGAACCGGGCACGAAGGUCUGGGCGCCAGAUCUGACCAAGGCCAUCAAGGACCUCGACGAGCAUCGGUUCACAAAGGCUGGACCCGACCGCCGAUCUCUUACACGCAACUCUGCACCGGAGGGAAGCGCACUGUCGCGACACCCACACCCUCUCUGCGCCUCACGCAAGGAGGCUGAGGCGUUCGUGGACGCAUGUGAGGCCAAUCCUCAGAGUGAGAAACUUAGGGAGAAGCAGUGGGAGGCCCUCAAGGCGCUCGUCGAGUGGACAAGAGCAAACUGCAAGUGA